AGGAGAUAAUUAAGGAAUUAGAGAAACUAAUAAGUGUAGAUAAUCUAACGAAUGAAUUAAAAAGACUAGAGUCAGAAAAUGAAGAUCUAACGAAUAAAUUAAAAAGAAAUAAGACAGCAAUACCUUUUUAUGUUACAGUUCACAAACUUUUAACAUGUAUGAUUCCAAGACUAAAGUCAAAAAAUAAAGAUAUGACAAAUGAACUACAAAUGAUCAAAAAAGAACUAGAGGAAAAUGAACUACGAGUACGAGAGACGAUCAAAAAAGAACUAGAGGAAAAUGAACUACGAGGACUAGAGACGAUCAAAAAAGAACUAGAGAAGAGAGAAAGUGAAGAAUAUAAUAAAAAUAUGUGA